GCAACGCGACAGCGGGAUAUAAUAGACGAUCCACCCGAUCAAAUCAGCCCAAAAUGCCUCAAGCUCAGCCGGAAUUGAAGAAGUACAUGGAGAAGCGGGUAUUCUGCCAACUGAACGGCAACCGCAAAGUCAUUGGUAUCCUGCGCGGCUACGAUGUAUUCAUGAACAUUGUGCUCGAUGAGGCUUUCGAAGAGAAGCAAGGUGGUGAGAAGGUCGCUAUCGGCAUGGUGGUCAUCCGCGGCAACUCCGUUGUUAUGCUUGAGGCUCUGGAGCGUAUAAGCGACAAAUGAGAGAGGUCAGAGGCGGCGGGAAACUGAAAUUGAAAUGUCUUUUUAUACCUUCAUUGUGGGAUUGUUUUGAAAUGCAAUAAGGAGUUCACGGGUUGGUUUGCUCGCAUGGUAUGAUCGAGUACAAUUCAUGUACUUGACUCUCUGGCUACGAGAAUUUUCAUUACGGACUAAGUUUGGAAGGCCUCGAGGGUGGAAUCUCGUGAGGGUGAAAUUUGCUGGGAGAGAUGAUCCUUGACAGCCAUACUAAUCAUCAUUUUCCUUUGCAAAGCCUGAAUCCCAAUCCAACAGAUAGGCGGCUGAACUAUCUGUCACCUAAGAAUAAUCCAG